AUGUUUCAAGGAAAUCUUUCCCGAGUAACUGAGUUCAUCCUUGCUAGGUUAACAGACAAACCUGAGCUGCAGCUGCCCCUCUUCCUCCUCUUCCUAGGAAUCUAUGUGGUCACAGUGGUGGGGAAUCUGGGUAUGAUCACCCUGAUACUAUUCAGUUCUCACCUGCACACACCCAUGUAUUAUUUCCUCAGUAGUCUGUCCUUCAUUGACCUCUGCCAGUCCACCGUCAUUAUUCCCAAAAUGCUGGUGAACUUUUUGGCAGUAAAGAACGUCAUAUCCUAUCCUGAAUGCAUCAUGCAGUUCUACUUUUUCGUUAUUUUUGCUAUUGCAGAGUGUCACAUGCUAGCUGUGAUGGCAUAUGACCGCUACGUUGCCAUCUGUAACCCCUUGCUGUACAAUGCUGUGAUGUCCUAUCAAGUCUGUUCCUGGAUGAUAUUUGGAGUAUAUUGUAUGGCUUUGAUUGGUGCCACAGCUCACACAGUCUGCAUGCUAAGAGUACAUUUCUGUGAGGCUGAUAUAAUAAACCAUUACUUCUGUGAUCUUUCCCCACUCCUGGAACUCUCUUGUUCUGAUACUUUUAUUAAUGAAGUAGUAGUUUUAUGCUUCAGUGUUUUUAACAUCUUUGUUCCAACUCUGACUAUUCUAAGCUCUUACAUCUUCAUCAUUGCCAGCAUCCUCCAGAUUAAAUCCACUGAGGGCAGGUCCAAAGCCUUCAGCACCUGCAGCUCACACAUAUCAGCUGUUGCUGUCUUCUUUGGUUCCCUUGCAUUCACAUACUUGCAGCCAUCAUCAGUCAGCUCCAUGGACCAAGGGAAAGUGUCUUCUGUAUUCUAUACCAUUGUUGUGCCCAUGCUGAACCCCUUGAUCUACAGCCUGAGAAAUAAGGAUGUCAAAGUUGCUCUAAAUAAGUUCCUUGAAAGAAAGCUUUACUUGUGAACAAGACUGAUUUGUCUUUACUAAAAUUUUUGUUUAGAGGGCUAGCAAACAGUUCAGAUGGAUAAGUAUAGCCACCAUAAGAUA